UGUUUAUUCAGAUCAAGUCAAAACAGCGUUAGUCUAAGCCCUAUAUAAACGCUCCCUCAAACAUUCAUUUAUCCAUCAAUUCAUUAACGGGUCAUCUCCUGCCUUCCCCAUUGGUCCGAACAGCUACCGCUAGCACACAAAAGUACAGAAUUCCAAACCAAAUCCUGUACCAAAACAGGAAGGGCGCAGGCAUGCCUCUUCUUAUCGUGCAGCCCGUACCCAUUUCGACAGGUCCUAUUGCCUGCGCUAGCACCGCGCGUCCUGCAGCAGCGGCGCACGAUGACGACGGCCACCUUUUCGACGAUCUCGUGCUCGGCUACGGCGGCGACGACAAGACGAGCGCCGACGCCGACGAUCCAGCGAGGAAGCUCGAGUGGCUCAGGUCGCAGGUCAUCGGCGCGGACGCGGAGUUCGCGUCGCCGUUCGGGACCCGCCGCGUCACGUACGCCGAUCACACCGCGUCCGGCCGCUGCCUGCGUUUCGUCGAGGACUUCGUGCAGCGCAACGUUCUUCCCUACUACGGGAACACGCAUACGGUGGACAGCUACGUGGGCUUGCACACGAGCAAGCUGGCGUCGGAGGCGGCGAAGUACGUGAAGCGCAGCCUGGGAGCCGGGGCGGAGGACGUGCUGCUCUUCUGCGGCACGGGCUGCACCGCGGCCAUCAAGCGGCUCCAGGAGGUGACGGGCAUGGCCGUGCCACCGACGCUGCGCUCCGUGGCGCUGGACGUCCUGCCGCCGUCGGAGCGGUGGGUCGUCUUCGUGGGGCCGUACGAGCACCACUCCAACCUGCUCACGUGGCGGGAGAGCCUCGCGGAGGUGGUGGAGAUCGGGCUGCGCCCGGACGACGGCCACCUUGACCUCGACGCCCUGGAGGCGGCGCUGGCGGCGCCGGAGCGCGCCGGUCGGCCCAUGCUGGGAUCCUUCUCGGCGUGCAGCAACGUCACCGGCAUCCGCACCGACACGCGCGCCGUGGCGCGCCUGCUGCACGGCUACGGCGCGUACGCCUGCUUCGACUUCGCGUGCAGCGCGCCCUACGUCGGCAUCGACAUGCGGUCCGGCGAGGAGGACGGGUACGACGCCGUCUACCUGAGCCCGCACAAGUUCCUGGGGGGACCGGGAAGCCCCGGCGUCCUGGCGAUGGCGAAGCGGCUCUAUCGCCUCCGCCGCACCGCGCCGUCCACCAGCGGCGGGGGCACCGUCGUCUACGUCAGCGCAUACGGCGACACGGUGUACUGCGAGGACACGGAGGAGCGCGAGGACGCCGGCACGCCGGCGAUCAUACAGAAGGUCCGGGCCGCGCUGGCGUUCCGGGUGAAGGAGUGGGUCGGCGAGGCGUGCAUCGAGGCGCGCGAGGACCACAUGCUCGCCCUUGCUCUCCGCCGGAUGCAAGCGUCUCCAAACCUGCGGCUGCUGCUCGGCGGCGACCGGCCCAGCGGAGGGCGCUGUCUCCCCGUUCUCUCCUUCGUGGUGUACUCACCGCGCGACGGCUCCGAGCAGGAUGAGCGGCCGCAGCUGCACUGCCGGUUCGUGACGAAGCUGCUCAACGACCUGUUCGGCGUGCAGGCGCGCGGGGGAUGCUCCUGCGCGGGGCCCUACGGCCACCGCCUCCUCGGCAUCACGCCGGCGCGAGCCAAGGCCAUCAAAUCCGCCGUCGAGAAGGGCUACCACGGCGUGCGCCCCGGGUGGACGCGCGUCAGCCUGGCCUACUACACGUCGACGCGGGAGGCGGAGUUCGUGCUGGACGCCAUCGACUUCGUCGCCAGUUUCGGCCACCGGUUUCUGCCGCUCUACGCUUUCGACUGGGAAACCGGGGACUGGGAGUACAACCACAGCUUCGGUCGUGUCCUGGCAAACAACAACGCCAUCAGCAAUGCUGCCGCUGCUGCUUCUAGUGGACGGGUCAAAGCAGAGGACGAGUACCGGAGCUACAUGGCAUUUGCACGGAGCCUAGCCGACUCCUUGGGCGGAUGUCUGGAUAACACUCCUGCUAGACACGUUCCCAAGGGCAUCGACCCACAGUUGCUUUACUUCCCUAUGUGAGAUCGGAUAGUUGGAUUCUUUGUUGUUGAAUUUUACCCUUGGUUUUUGGCCGAAAA